AUGAGGAAGGCCAGGGAAAGACCAACAUGGCCCUAUCGAAGUGCGCAAGUGGCCUUAUAUAAUGAUUUGUCCCCGAUCACGCUGCAAGCCCGGCGGGCUCUCCCUCCCGUGACAGCCGCAUUGAGGGACCGCAACAUAUCCUACAAGUGGGGGUUCCCUUUUGCUUUACUGGCCAGGCACCAUAACAGCUGGAUCUCCAUGCGCUGGCCUGAGGAUGUCCCGCGGUUCAUGGAGGAACUGGGCCUUCCAACACCUGUCGUCCCCAAUUGGAUCCUGGGAUCGACGGCCCCCGUACCGAGACCGCAGAGGAUGCCUAGGCGGAGGGAAGCUCGCUCCCCCUCCGCUCACCCGGCCAGACGGCGCCGAAAUCCGGCUUCCCCAGAAGAGUGA